GAAAAUGAGAGGUCCCGCAACAUCCGUUGCAGGAUGGGGUCCCGACCUUGGCUUUUUGGACCUAGGGACCUGGCAUCUCACCAAGUCUGGAAUCCAGAUGGGUCGCGGAGGAGGGAGAGAGGGAUGGUGAGGAAGUUGGGUUGGUACAAGAUGGAAAUGGAGAUACAAAGAGGGAAGAAAAAUAAACAAGACGAGAUGGGGUUGUGGAGAUUGUUCAGGAUGGGAUGGGGAUGGAGUUGCGGCUGCCUCGGAGAGCUCCGGUUUUUCACCCUGCUACAGAGAGGUGCGUCUGACUGCGCCGGAUGCCUCCCCCCAAAUAAAGCUAAUGAUGUAGUAAUUUAGGAGGGGGUGAGGGGCUGGGCAAAGGAGGGAGGGGAGAGGGUGGGGAACGCAUGCCCCCCGAGCGAAGACAAACCGCUGCGGAAACGCUGCCCGAGGCUCAGGCUUCCCAACAGGUUAGCUGUACCGAGAUCCACUCGGCUUUUCGCAGGAGGGAGGGGAGUGCAGAGCGAGAGGGGGAGAGAGCCUCACCAGAGGACAGAGGGAGGGAGGGAGAGAGAGAGCAGCCAGAGAGCGCACAGCGCGGCUUAAGACCAGAGACUUACUAAUGAAUAUUUAUCCACCGCUGCUUCAUGCUCCCGGCUUCCCUUACCUUUCUGCAGGUCAGUCCAUGGUAUUCCGCUCCCCCCUAGACCUCUAUUCCUCCCACUUCUUGUUGCCAAACUUCUCCGAUUCUCACCACCGCUCCCUACUUCUGGCGAGUAGCGGCUGCGGGAACGGCGCGGGAGGCGGCGGCGGCUGCGGGAACGGCGCGGGAGGCGGCGGUGCUGGCGGAGCAGGCGGCGGCGGCGGCGGCUCCAGGGCCCCCCCGGAAGAGUUGUCCAUGUUCCAGCUGCCCACCCUCAACUUCUCGCCGGAGCAGGUGGCCAGCGUCUGCGAGACGCUGGAGGAGACCGGCGACAUCGAGCGGCUGGGCCGCUUUCUCUGGUCGCUGCCGGUGGCCCCCGGGGCGUGCGAGGCCAUCAACAAACACGAGUCUAUCCUGCGCGCGCGCGCUGUGGUCGCCUUCCACACCGGCAACUUCCGCGACCUCUACCACAUUCUGGAGAACCACAAGUUCACUAAGGAGUCCCACGGCAAGCUGCAGGCCAUGUGGCUCGAGGCUCACUACCAGGAGGCCGAGAAGCUGCGCGGCCGCCCACUCGGCCCGGUGGACAAGUACCGCGUGCGCAAGAAGUUCCCGCUGCCGCGCACCAUCUGGGACGGCGAGCAGAAGACCCAUUGCUUCAAGGAGCGGACUCGGAGCCUGCUGCGGGAGUGGUAUCUGCAGGAUCCCUACCCUAACCCUAGCAAGAAACGCGAACUGGCGCAGGCCACCGGCCUCACUCCCACACAAGUAGGCAACUGGUUUAAGAACCGGCGGCAGCGCGACCGCGCCGCGGCGGCCAAGAACAGCUUCCCUGUUUUCUCUUCCCCUGAUCCUGCGCCCUGCCUAGGGAUCCAGAAAGAAAAGCUGGUCGGUUUUACCCGGAAGAUGGGAGGGCUCCAGCACCAGGCCAUUGGACCGAGCGGCAUGCGCUCGCUGGCCGAGCCCGGCUGCCCCACGCACGGCUCGGCAGAGUCGCCGUCCACGGCGGCCAGCCCGACCACCAGCGUGUCCAGCCUGACGGAGCGCGCGGACACCGGCACCUCCAUCCUCUCGGUAACCUCCAGCGACUCGGAAUGUGAUGUAUGAUAGCCAAGGCCACCCUCCCCCCCUUCCCUCCUCCUCCCAGACCUCCUCCUCUUCCUCCUCCUCCAUUCCCAGAACAAACCGAAAUCAGGAUACACAACCAUACACACACAAGUCCACAUACAUUCCCACCCCAGCCAAAAAUAUAUUUAAAAAACCAUGAAAAAUAACAAAUUAACCGCAAACUAUCUACAACCCCCAACCACCAUCUACCAACAAGACCACCCCAAAAGGACCGCGUCGCCAACAGACAGACGCUGAUGCUGCGGGCAGAAAACAUAAAAGAGGUGACAAUUGUAUACUUUCUAGGACAAGCACGGCUUCUCCUUUCGGUUCCCACUGACCGGCACCCCACCUGCAUGACGAUUUAUUUGUAUCUGGGAAAAUAUUCUCUCUAGUUAAAAAUGAUUUUAAAAGCGACGACUAUACAAAACCCAAUCACCACCACGACGACAAGACGACAAAAGCAAAACAGACAAAAGGAAAAAAUAAAAUAAAAUCGCCAUCUCUGUUCUGAAUUUGUUAAGAAAAAAAAAAAGAAAGAAAAAAAGAACUCCUCGAGAGGGAAAUAGCAAAUGUUUCUCGCCUUUUGUUGCUCUCUCUCUCUCUCUCUCUUCUUUCUCUUCCUUCUCGCUGUUUUUAGUCCAAGUAUUGGUCAAACAAGAUGCAAUCUUCUGUUUUUUGUUCAGCAGACAAUCAUUUUCUUCGUAAGCACCUUUUUCUCUCCACUCUGUCACUGCCUGUGUGGGUACUGGUUAUAAAUGUGGAAAAAGAAUAGUUAUGACUGUAACAGAUUUUUAUUUUUAUUUCAAAAUUUUAUAUGAAUUAUGUAUAUCUUAAUGAUCGGUCAUUUUCCCAGUUUGUAAUAUAUGUGUAGAAAUUGCCUGUAUAUGAUAUUGCUUUUUCUCUCUCCCUUACUCUUUCUUCCUCGCUUCUCCCUCUUUCUUCCACCCUCCUUGCUCACCUGUCUCUUUCCUUUUGGGGGUUCUCCUCCCACUUAGUGUUCCUGGCGUUAACUUGGCAAUCAAGGCCUGGCGUGGUGGCCUGGGUUAGGAAGUGGGACCCCCCUUGCUGGCGAAAGCAGAGAGUGAGACUGUAGUAUUCUUAUGCAAAAGCUAUUUCAAGUAUUUCUUAGCAGCUAAGGAAGUAUCUCUCACUCCCUGUAGGGCGCUUUUACUGUUAUCUUAAACUGCGUGUUUAUCUAUAUGUAAAAACUUUCUAAAGCAAAUACAGUAUUCUCCAUUUUCUUAUCA